AAUCACAAACAACAACACAACUCCAUCAAAUUCUUUACAACUACGCCAAACAAAAUGUCUUUCUCCAACGCAAACACUGGCGAUGCCCCUGCCGACCCUUACAAGAAGGCCAACGCUGAGGACGUUCCUCUUCAGACCAAGAUCGAGGACCUCGUCCACUUCGUCACCAAGGAGAAGUUUGGCAUGAUGACCACCCGCGGUUCUGAAUCCGGCAACCUUGUCUCGCGUUGCAUGGCGCUGGCCGCCACCGAGACUGGAGGCAUUGACCUUCUUUUCCACACCAACACCGAGUCUGGCAAGACCGACGACCUCGAUGCUGACCCUCAUGUCAACAUUUCCUUCAUCAACGCCUCUGGAGAGUGGGCUUCUAUCGCUGGAAACGCCAGCAUCAGCACAGACCGCAGCCUUGUUGCUAAGCACUACAGCCCAACCCUCAAGGCUUGGCUUGGCGACCUCGGUGACGGCGUCCACGACGGAUCUGAGAAAGAUCCCCGAAUUGGUAUCAUCCGUGUCAAGGCCGUUUCUUCCACCUACUCGCUCGUUUCCAAGAACUUGCUUAGCCGCGUUGCCGACAUUGCGUCCAGCACCGUCACUGGCAAGCCUGCCUCGCCCAACACCUUGAGGGAGAUUUCGGAGGGAGAUGUGCGCUCGUGGAGGGCUUCGCGAGAGUAAUGGUCAGGAUAAUGCAAAUCUCGCUUGUACGAUAGGACUUAAUAUCAAUGGCGAUACGAACUUAUGACAGCAUUAGUAUACAAUCAAAGUUGUUUUCCAUACUCGGCGUUCCAUAUUUUGUCCCACUUCUCCUUGUCAACAGC